GAUGCGGAGAGUAUUGCGGGUGUGUUCAACAAGAACUGCAUGAUUGACUACAGUAACUUCAAAAACAUCUUUCCCAUUUGGGCACUCGCACGGUACGUGGAGAGGUAUCCGAACGAGCCUGCGCUCAACAUCGAGGCUAACGGAUGCAGCUAG